AUGCAAUUAAGCUUUGGAUGCAUCGAUAUGACUAUUAAUAAUGAUAUGAUCACUCAAGUGGAACGGCAGCUCCGGCUCCACUUUAGGCGGCUGCCGGCAAGGUACAUGGCGGACAUGUGCGGCAAGGCGGAGGAGGUGAUGAUCCACCGCAGCCUCCUCCUCGCCGUCGCCGACUGCUCCCAGUCCCAUGGCCAUGGCCACCCCCAAAUCCACGCCCGCUUCCUCAAGACCUUUCACCUCUCCUUCUCCUCUCGCUUCAGAAGUGACACUCAAGUGACGAACGGGAUCCUCUACACACAGUGCAUCUCCACGAUUGUUUUUGGAUGCAUCGACAAGCCCAGGCUUCUUAGCCAGUUAUCUGCGUUGGUGUCAGAGGUUGGACUGAACAUUCGUGAAGCUCAUGUGUACUCCACAGUCGAUGGCUUCUCUUUGAGCGUUUUUCUCGUCGAUGGCUGGUACAAAGAGGAAGCAGGUGGGUUGCUCAAAGCAAUCAAGGAGGCAAUCAGGAGUAUUUAA